CCGUCUUGUAUCUAGUAGACCAACUAGAUCAUCCAUCUUUUCUCUCUUUCUUUCCUCAUACUCGUUCUCUCUCUCUUUAUAUCACAACUCAUAAUCAAGAAAAGCAGAUCCAAGGUGGUGGUUAAGCUGUCAUUCUAUCAAUCAAUCAAUCUAGCCCACCAACGAGAGCAAUCAUCAAUCAAUUUUAAAAGAGAAAGGAAAGGGGAAUCAAAGAAGAUGUCUUCCUCGUCGACUACCUUGUCUUUGGACCAUCUCCCUCCCUCGGAGCAGCUCUGUUAUGUUCAUUGCAACAUUUGCGACACUGUCCUUGCGGUCAGUGUUCCUUGCACAAGUUUGUUCAAGACUGUAACGGUUCGAUGCGGGCACUGCACCAAUCUUUUGCCAGUGAACAUGCGUGGGUUGCUUCUGCCAUCGGCUAAUCAGUUUCAUUUGGCUCACAGUUUCUUCUCUCCUUCACAUAAUCUUCUGGAAGAGAUCUCAAAUCCUACUCCAAACUUUUUGCUUAAUCAAACCAACACGAAUGACUUCGCCAUACCCACUCGUGGAGUAGCUGAUGAGCUUCCAAGGCCUCCAGUUAUCAACAGACCUCCGGAGAAGCGACAGAGAGUCCCCUCCGCGUACAACCGAUUCAUCAAGGACGAGAUCCAACGCAUCAAGGCUGGAAAUCCUGAUAUAACUCACAGAGAAGCCUUCAGUGCAGCUGCAAAGAAUUGGGCCCACUUCCCACAUAUUCACUUCGGACUCAUGCCUGAUCAGACUGCCAAGAAGACUAACGUGCACCAGCAGGAAGGAGAGGAUGUUCUCAUGAAAAAUGGGUUUUUUGCUUCAGCUAAUGUGGGUGUCUCUCCUUAUUAAGCAAUAACCAGUGAUCAAUCGAGGCCGCUAUUUUCCAUUGUUCCUGUCUCUUGCAAUUUGCUAUUCUGCCAUUAGGUCUCUUUUUCUUUCUCUUUCUCUUUCUCAAUCUCUCAGUGCAGUCUUAGUUGCAGCAAGCUUAUGUUUUGUUUGAAAAACCUUUCUACCUCGAAUUGCUUGGAAAAACCUUACUCUUAGUUUCUCAUUGUUGAAUCUUUGCUAAUCAACUACUACUAGCAACUUCACUGUUUCAUGUGUUUGACAAUUUGUUAAUUUUUCCUUUCUUUCGGUUAAUUCAAUAGUUUAUUCUCUCAUUUUUAUUUGAAAGGCAAAGGAAUUUUAUUAAUGGAAAAAAUGUUCAGCUAAAGAGAAC